AUGGGCUGUGUUGAGAGGGAGCAGGAGGAAGGGGUAUGGCUGGGGUGCUGGAGAUUGACGGGAAGAGCCGGGCCGGCUCCCCCGACGGCUAAGGCCUGGGUAGGCUUGAAGCUGCUUGCUGUGUGGUCUUGCUCUGCUGGAGGAUCGGUGAGUACUGAUCUCGGCCUGGGCGCCGGAGCUAAACUCAGCUCCGGCUGUGAGAGUGACGUUAGCAGCAGUAUAUGUCAACAAAUAGGUGGCUCGUGUAGUCUUGAGGAGAAAUGCACCAAGUCUCUUGGCAAACAAGACUGUCAAAUAGGAAUAUGCUGCCAGCGGAGGCCAAUUAUCAGAAGGUAUAGUAAAGAAAGAAUGAUGACGCAAAACGAAGACCGAGCCAAAAUCAAUGACGAGAACAAAAAGGACCAAGAAUCAUACCCUAAAAAAUCUGUCCCGAAGAAGCUGCGGGACAAAGAGCAAAAGAGCAAAGCCAAUAAAGGGCAGUCAAAAAACUCUAGCGAUAAAGAGCUAAGUAACAAUGACAGGAAAGAGUACAGAAAGCAAAGGCGUAAGGAAAUGAGAAAAGAAGCUAAAAUUGAAAGACAAAACCGAAGAAGAGAGGACAGACAAAAAUCUAUAGCAGAAAGCAAUUUAAAAUCAAAUCCAGAGAAAGGGGGGAGACCUAAAGAUAACAAGAACGAAAAAGACACAGAAAAAAGCAAAUCCAAAAAUAGGGGGAAAUAUGGAAAGAAGGGGACUAGGCAGUCUAAUAAAGAAAAACAGAAUGGAAACCCAAAACAAACCGAUGGAAAAAAGAGCAAAGAGAAUGGAAACCCAAAACAAACCGAUGGAAAAAAGAGCAAACAGAAUAGACACCCAAAACAAACCGAUGGAAAAAAGAGCAAACAAAAUGGAAACCCAAAACAAACCGAUCGAAAAAAGAGAAAACAGAAACAGGGGCAAGGAAAAGCUGAUCGAAAAAAAAAUAAUGGGGAAAAAGAUGGGAGUGGCAUAAAGAUAGCUACAGAUGAAAUGGAACAAAGGCUUAUGGAGACAUGCCAAAACCUGGGCGGUAUAUGCAAAAGAAAAUGUUCUGCUGGCAAAGUAAAGGGAGGAAGCUGUAAUGGCAGGAAGAAAUGUUGCAAAAGAAACAUAGAACCAAAGCAAAACGUAGAAAAAAAAUGCAAGGCAAGUGGGGGGAAAUGUAUAAAAUCCACAAAAAAAUGCAGUAAUGUAAUUUCCGAUGCGGUCUGCAAGAACAACGAUAAGAUAUGUUGCAAAAAAUCGAACAAAUGUCGAGAAAAGGGCUACAAAUGUCGAAACAAAUGCAAUGGAGUUGUUAAAGACAUUAAAGGCUGCAAAGAAGGCAAACUUUGCUGCAUGUCAACUUGUCAAGGGAAAGGUGGAAAAUGUCGCGAGGAAUCAAAAUGCAAAGGGAAGACGCUAAAACCUGCCAAAAAAUGCAAAGGUGGUAAAGUGUGCUGCAAAAAGGAAUCUACAUGUAAAGAAUUGGGCGGAAAAUGCCGCAUCGAAUCUAAAUGCACCGAAAAAGUGCUCAAGCCUACCAAAGAAUGCAAGGAUAACAAGAUCUGUUGUGAAAAGGUCAAAAACUGUAAAUCACUCGGUGGAAAGUGCAAACAGGCCUCGAAAUGUACAGGGAAGGUCUUGAAUCCUGGCAAGAAAUGUAAGAGUGAUAAAGUGUGUUGCUCAGUCCGCACAUGUAAGGAACGAGGCGGUAAAUGUCGCAAAGAAGAGAAAUGCUCCGGUAAAAUUGUCACAGUCCCGAAACCAUGCAAAGAACCCAAAGUCUGCUGUAUAAUAAAAAAACAGCCAACAACUACGGAUAAACCAGAAACUACUGUAACAGGCCCGCAAACGACACCGCCUGGAGAACAAACAACACCGCCUGGAGAACAAACAACACCGCCUGGAGAACAAACAACACCGCCUGGACAACAAACAACACCGCCUGGACAACAAACAACACCGCCUGGACAACAAACAACACAGAACAACAACAAACAAACAGCCUGGACUGGAAACAAACAACACCACCAACAAACAUCUGCCAAACCUAUUAUUUCAACCCCUCUAGCUCCCACCACCACUCCAUCCCCAACUACUACUGCAGCUCCAACCACAACUACUCCAGCUCCUACCACAACUCCAGCUCCAACAACAACAUCCUCAACUACUACAGUAGUUCCAACCACUACUACCCCAGCUCCUACCACAACUGCCUCCACUACUAUAGCGAUUCCCACCACUACUACUCCAGCUCCUACAACGACUACUCCUGCCCCCACUACUACAGCAGCUCCAACCACAACUACUCCAGCUCCUACCACAACUCCAGCCCCCACUACUACAGCAGCUCCUACCACCACUCCAGCCCCCACUACUACAGCAGCUCCAACCACAACUACUCCAGCUCCCACUACAACUACUCCAGCUCCCACUACAACUCCAGCCCCCACUACUACAGCAGCUCCAACCACAACUACUCCAGCUGCCACUACAACUCCAGCCCCCACUACUACAGUAGCUCCUACCACCACUCCAGCCCCAACUACAACAGCAGCUCCAACCACAACUACAGCAUCUCCUACUACAACUCCAGCUCCCACUACUACAGCAGCUCCUACCACCACACCAGCCCCAACUACAACAGCAGCUCCAACCACUACUACUCAAGCCCCGACUACAACAGCAGUUCCCACAACUACUCAGGACACAGUUUCGGCAUUACAAAGUCGGCUUUUGUAUCUGACCACCAAGGAUGAAUCUCUGGAUAAUCUCGACGAUUCACUUGACGAUGCAAAGGAUUCUCUGAAUAGUGUUUCCGGCAGCAGAAGGAGAAGACGAAAGCGAGAGGCAGGUGCUGGCGCUGCAACAGAAGCAGACACCACAACUGUAGCAGACACCACAACUGUAGCAGACACCACAACUGUAGCAGACACCACAACUGUAGCAGACACUACAGCUGUAACAGACACCACAACAACAACUGUAGCAGACACCACAACUGUAGCAGACACCACAACUGUAGCAGACACCACAACUGUAGCAGACACCACAACUGUAGCAGACACCACAACUAUAGCUGAUAGUACAACUGUAGCUGGCACUACAACUGUAGCAGACAUUACAAUUGUAAUUGGUUCUACAGAUGUAGCAGGCACUACAGUUACAGGAGACACCACGGCCAGGGCAGAUACUACAACUAUAGCAGGCGCUACACUUACAUUUGACACUACAACCAUAGCAGACACGGUAAUCACAACAGACACAACACUCACAACAGACGCUACAAACAAAGUAGGCACUACAGUAACCAGAGGAGAAACCAUAACCAUCCCAAUUGUCACAGCCAAAAGAGACACUACAACUAGUGCAGAAACUAUAACCAUACCUACAAUCAUAAUAGACUCUACAACCAAAGGAGAUACUAGAACAGACACUGUAACCCUGGAAGAUACAGGCAGUACAGACACGACGGCAGCAGACAAAACGGUUUCUCUAGACACUACAAACUUACCAGGUACUUCGGCUGUAAGAGAUAGUACAGCAGAAGAGGAUAUUAUCACAACAGACACUGCAACGGUAGCAGAUGCUACAAACAAAGCAGACACUGAAGCAAUUACUGGAGCUAUACAAGUCACUGUAACAAAUGCCGAUACUAAAGGAGAUGGUACAGCUGCAACAACAGAUGCCGAUACUAAAGGAGAUGGUACAGCUGCAACAACAGAUGCCGAUACUAAAGGAGAUGGUACAGCUGCAACAACAGAUGCCGAUACUAAAGGAGAUGGUACAGCUGCAACAACAGAUGCCGAUACUAAAGGAGAUGGUACAGCUGCAACAACAGAUGCCGAUACUAAAGGAGAUGGUGCAGCUGCAACAACAGAUGCCGCAAAACAAGCAGUCACUACAACGACUGAUGCUGCUGAAACGACAGCUAGCGUAAAUUCUGAAUUGAAGACUCUUCUAUCUAACUUCAAGACUUUACUAGAUAGUCUUGAUGAUAUUAUAGAGGAUGGAUCUGCUAGUGAAAUAGAUGUACAAAAAGAUGCUAUUGAUGAGUUCAAAGAAAGCACUGACACUAUAAUAUCAUCCGGCGAUACAGAUAGCAUAAGUGAAAGUAUAAAAUCCUCUGCAAGUGAAAUGGCAACCAGUGUAGAUAAAGCAAAAUCCUGGGUAUACACUGAACGACAGGAAAUUCGAAAUAGUAUUGCUACUGUGAAUAAACUGUUGCUGCAGUAUGGUGCUACUACAAUUUCCCUGGAGGAGCUUAUUACAGAAGAGAACACUGCUGCACCCGAUGAAUCUGAUGCUACAGAUGGUCCUGCUGCUGCUGACACAACUGUCCUAACAGUUCCUGCUACUGAUGCAGUUUCUGUUCCUACGACUGUUCAUACAGCUCCACUUCCUGCAACUUUUCCUACCAUCACAAACGACAUACCGUUGGCCGAUUCUACACCAGAUGCUACAAUAAUUGUGACAAUAACAGAUGCACCCGAUGCUACGAUGCAUCCUACAAUUAUUGAUUUUCCAACAGAUUAUGUUUCUGGUUUUAUAACAGAGGAUACAACCGAUGCCACAGUAAAUGAUUUUAUAACAGGGGAUAUUCCCUAUUACACAGUACCUGGUUUUAUAACAGAGGAUAUAACCUAUUAUACAGUACCUGGUUUUAUAACAGAGGAUACAACCGAUGACACAGUACCUGGUUUUAUAACAGAGGAUAUAACCUAUUAUACAGUACCUGGUUUUAUAACAGAGGAUGCAACCGAUGACACAGUACCUGGUUUUAUAACAGAGGAUACAACCGAUGACACAGUACCUGGUUUUAUAAACAGAGGAUAUAACCUAUUAUACAGUACCUGGUUUUAUAACAGAGGAUGCAACCGAUGACACAGUAACUGGUUUUA